AUGUUAUCAUUAUUGGUAAACAUAUUACUAAGUUGUGUGGGUGCAUACAUUUCAUACCACAUAAUCCUGGAAUAUAUUCCAGUCUUCGUAAAACGUCAAAUGUACGGGAAGGAUCAGUGCAAAAUUGAUGAUAUUCCUGUGCCUGAACCAAUUGGCGUCAUAUCAGCAGCUGUUUAUUUAAUUGUUAUGUUUUUAUUUAUUCCAUUCCCAGUUUAUGAAUGGUCACAGUUUGAGUCAUCCAUUCCACAUCAAAAAUUUUUGAUGUUCUUAUCAGCACUGACGGCGAUUUGUUCCGCAGUUCUAUUGGGUUUUGCAGAUGAUGUUUUGGAUUUACGGUGGCGACACAAACUUCUAUUUCCGACACUUUCAUCGCUUCCGUUGCUUCUUGUCUAUUAUGUGUCUGGGUCGUCAGCCACGAUCGUGUUACCUUCUGUGAUUCGGACUUUAUUCUCAGUGCGGGAAUGCAUCGACAUUGGAAUUUUUUACUACAUUUAUAUGGGUAUGAUGAUAGUGUUUUGCACGAACGCAAUCAAUAUUUUGGCUGGAAUUAAUGGACUUGAAGCUGGACAAGCUUUUAUAAUAGCAGCUUCUGUUGUUAUUUUUAAUGCGAUUGAAUUAUUCCGACUGGAUCCAUCUCUUUCAUGGUAUCAUUCACUUUCUCUAUAUUUUUUGUUGCCUUUUUUGGGAACGACAUCUGUUCUGUUGUAUUUCAACUGGUAUCCAGCACGAGUUUUUGUCGGUGAUACAUUUUGUUAUUGGGCCGGGAUGACUCUGGCUUCGGCUUGUAUUCUUGGCCAUUUUACCAAAACUAUGUCACUCUUUUUGAUCCCACAGAUUUUCAAUUUUAUUUAUUCAACUCCUCAACUUCUCCAUCUUGUCCCUUGCCCGCGUCAUCGAUUACCGAAGUAUAACAGCAAAACUAACACCGUUGAUAUGAGCAUUGUUGAAUUUAAAGAAAAUGAUCUCAAACCCUUGACCAAGACAGUUCUUUAUUUUCUAGAUAUAUUUGGCUUGUUGUACAAGAAAAUUAUUAAAAAGGAUGAUGUGAGGUGGAUAGUUGUCAACAAUCUAACGUUAUUAAAUCUGGUUUUGAAAUUUACGGGUCCAGUGCAAGAAAAAAAAUUAACGGAACUACUUCUAAUGUUGCAAGUUUUAUUUUCAGUUCUAGCAUUUUUUAUUCGAUUCUAUGUUGCACAUCUGAUGUAUGAAGUCGUUUUAUGA